AUGGAUGUCGUAGCUGUCGUAGAUCCUCUUUCGGGAAGUGCUCAGAAGCUCGCGCCGAUCCUCGAUCUAUUACGUAAAGCGGUAAAUUGUGAUUUGAAGAUUGUGCUCAAUCCAAAAGGGAAACUCAGCGAGCUACCUCUCAAAAGAUUUUAUCGGUAUGUCGGAGCACCUGAACUGCAGUUUGACGAGGCUGGCAACGUAGCCGCGAAUCAAGCUAAGUACGUUUUUUAUGAAGUGCUUCGAUUUGAGGCAAAUGUUCAGCGUUUACACUUCUUACCAGAGGUGUUUUGA